ACUGUAAUAAAAAAUCAUGUAAAGCUAUGAGCUUUGUAAAACCCUUGAUUUUUCAAGCGCGUUUGAAGCUGUUCCUCCGCAACGCAUCUAAUUCCCUCCUUCGAGAACCCUAGAUUUAUCUUUUGCUGUUCGAUUAUUCAAAUGGGUAAAUCAAGGAAGAAACCCGAUUCCGAAGUUGAUUUGGAUCCCGUGGUUGUAGCUUCACCCUCCACUCCAAUAGAAAACGAGAAGAUUGCCAUGAAGCAAGUUGUUAGUAGCAAGAAACAGAAGCUUGACAAUGGUGACAAGGAGCAGACUGUUGAAAAAAAGAAUUUUGGAAUGGAGGGAGAGGAGAACACUAAGGAAGAACAGCACAAUUCUUCAGAGGAGAAAAAGGCUGAAGUGUCUGUGUCUCCAACAAUAAACUCAGCAGAAACUACAGAAGAUGCAAAGAGAGGUAGAGUCUCUAUUAAGUAUGAGGAAAAAGACAGGGAUGAUAAUUCCAAGGAGGAUCACCAAACCCCUACAAGAAGUGUUGAGAUGCAUCUAGCUAUUAAGUCAGCAGAAACUACACAAGAUGCAAACAGAACUAGCAUCUCUAAUGAGGAUGGAGAUGAUAACUCUAAGGAGGAUCAUCAUCAUCAUCUAGAAACCCCAACGAAAAGUGUUGAGGUGCCUCCUGCUAUAGAGUCUACACCAACUACACCAGUUGCAAAGAGAGCUAGAAUCUCUAAUGAUCAUGAGGAAGAAGACAAAGAUGAUAAUUCCAAGGAGGAUCAACCACAACUAGAAACCCCAAAGAAAAGUGAUAUUGAUGUUGAAAUGUUUGAUGCUUCAUCAUCUAAGAAAACGGCUCAAACUUCAUUAAGCUCUCAAUCCCCAGGAUCAAAAAUUGUGCUCAUGGACAACUUGAGUUUCUCAAUUCAAGCAAAAGAUGUGAAAAAUUUCUUCAAAAAUGUUGGUGAAAUUGCUGAAAUCCACUUUGACAUGAAAGAAGACUAUUUUACGGGUCAUGGGCAUGUUGAAUUCACAACUGCUGAAGCAGCUAAAGAGGCUCUCAAACUUAACUACACAUCAUUAUUAGAUAAGCCAGUGAAGCUUUAUUUGGCAACAGAAAGUGAUCACCAGACAACUUCUCAUGCCACAGGAUGCAAAACUUUAUUUCUUGGCAAUUUAAGUUUUUCAAUCGAAGAAGACGAUGUGAGGGAAUUCUUCAAAGAUGUUGGAGAAAUUGCAGGAAUCCGCUUUGCCAUUAGGAAUGAUCGAUUCAUGGGCUAUGGAUAUGUUGAGUUCACCACUGCAGAAGCUGCUCAAGAGGCUCUUAAACUAAAUAACAAGGUAGUAUUAGACCGAAAAGUGAAACUUGAUUUGGCAAGGGAACGAGGUGCAUCCACUUCGGGUAGCAGCUUUGAGAAAUCUAACCAAAGUGGAGGACAUGCUCAAGGAAGAACUUUAUAUGUUCGGGGAUUUGAUUAUAGUCAUGGUUUUGACAAUAUUAGGAGUACACUUGAAAAGCAUUUUGGGAAAUGUGGAGAGAUCUCACGUAUCUCCAUACCCAAAGAGUAUGAGUCAGGGGCUCCUAGAGGGGUUGCUUUUAUCGACUUUGUAGAGAGUAAUGCAUUCAGUCAAGCUCUCAGACUCGAUAAAUCCGAGAUUGGAGGCUUCAGGAUAAUCGUUGAGGAAGCCAAAAAAGGUAGAGCCGAUGGUCGUGAGGGAUCUGGAUAUGGCAGUGCCCGUGGUGGCUCCGGUGGUGGCUGGGGUAGAGAAAGUGGCUCAGGUGGUGGUUCUAGUAGAGCAAGUGAUGCCUGGCAUAGAGAAAGUGGUGGAGGAAAUGACUAUGGUAGACCAGGUGGUGGCUGGCAUGGAGAAAGUGGCUCCGGUGGUGGUUCUGGUAGAGUCAGUGGUGGCUGGCAUAGAGAAAGUGGCUCUGGUAGUGGAGGAAGCGACUAUGGUGGUGGUGGUUCUGGCAGAGCAAGUGGUGGCUGGCGUAGAGAAGGUGGAUAUGGUGGUGGAGGAAAUGACUAUGGUGGUGGUGGUUCUGGUAGAGCAAGCGGUGGCUGGCACAGAGAAGGUGGAUAUGGUGGUGGCUAUAAGGGUAUUUUGGGAAGAGGAAGUGGUUAUGGUGGUGGGUUUAGUAGCAGCCGUGUGGGGAUGUUUAAUGGCGGCUAUGGCAGUAGCAGAGGUGGAGGUAGCCGGAGAUGAAAUGGGAUAUUGCAGCAACACUUUACUUGACAAUGUAAAAUUAUUCUCUUUUUUAUUUUAUUUUUUUAAAUUUUAUGUAUGUCUAGUAGGUGUAAAGAGUCUUCAAGGUCGAGAUCCCUUGGAUUUGUAUCGUAUUAGUUUUUUGUUUGUUUUAAUAGACUUGACGUUAAAAAAGAACGACAAUUUAAAUUUACUACAAAUUUGGCGUAAUAAAUGCAUAUCAUAAGGAUAUGUUUACGUCAAAUUUUGAUUUAUUCCAAUAUAUGCAUGAAAUCUCA